AUGUCCCAGAACUACCAUCGACCCAGACCUUCCGGCAUGGCUGGUCAGUUUCCUACGGUCUUUUUUUCUUGUUUUGAAUAGUUUUGUGAGUCGUUGAUGUACAGCUUGAACAUUAUCAACAAUGACUUUUGUCAGAAAAUUCUGAAUUGUUUUUGAAUAUUCGAAAUCCGUUCGGCCAUACCUUUGAAGAUUUUUAAGGCCUAGUCAGUUUCAUUCAAUGGUUUUAUCAUUUUUGCCUUUUUCGAAUGCUUUUUUAUCGUUGUUGUGCAGCUUGGGAAUAAGCAUUUAUUCCGAAAAAUUGGGAUAAAUUUAUCAAUUUUCCAAACGGAAAGACCUCUCUUGCUCGUUUCUGAUAAUUUCAUUGAAACUUGUAUUUUAUUUGUUUUUCUUUGUUUUGGAUGGUUCAGUUAGACGUUACUGUGCAGCUUGAAAUCAAGGAUUUUUCUUUUGAAAAAUGUGAUAAUACGUCCGGAUUGGCUGGCCUGAACUUUAUUUAUUGAAGUUUGAAUUUUCUUAGUUUUUUUUUUUAUUUCGAAUUGUUCUGUUGGAUGCUACUAUGCAGCUUGACGCUCCAUAAAAUGGCAUUUUUUUGUUUAAAAAAAUGAAGAAACCUUAUAAUUAUCCAAACCGGUCUCCAAAAAAAUUUGAGUUCAAGUUUUUUUCAUAAUUUUUUUAGUUCUGUUAGAAUUUACUGAGCAGCUUCAAAUUUUUAUGAUUAAAGGUUUUUCCUAAUAAUGAUUAAUCUUUAAAGUCAAGGUUGGCUUUCGCAAUCAGCGGAUUAACUCUUGUUCCCAGUUUCAGAUCUUAUAUUUGAAGUUUUCCUUGUGCGAGCAUUGUUGAUCGGCUAUCACCCGCUUUCCUAAUAUUUAUUAUUGAUAUUAUUUGAUCGCUUGAUCAAUAAAUUCAGGGGUUUCUAAGGUGAUCGAAUUUGAAUAUUUAUUUAGUUUUUUUUUUACUGACUGAAUGUUUUUGAAAUAUGUUUCAUAAAGGCAAAUGAGAGAAAAAUUUUUGAAAAAAACUCAAAAAAAGAACAAUUUUAAUUCACUUUCCUAAUUCGUAAGCUUUCUUUUCUUUUCUUUCCUAAAAAAGCUUUUACAUUUUUUCCGCUCAUUUUUUCACUUCAAAAGUUCUUAAGGCAGUUAUUUUCAUUUUUCAACUCAAUUUGGUCCGAAGAAGAUAGUAUCAUUUAAUUGAAUAAAAGUAAAUCGAUUUCAAAUUUUGAAAAAUACAGUUUCCAGUUUUUUUAAAUGAAUAGGUUUUCAAAUAAUAAUUCCUUUUUUUGUUUAUAUAGAAAAGAACCAAAAUUGUUGUUCUUCCUCCCGUUCUCGAAAUGAAUCACCUUCUUUCUAUUCCGAAACGACGGCGAAUUCCUUUAUUGAUCAUAAUUUCUGUCGGAAAAUGUCCGAAAAACUGCCCGCCAAAAUGUAUUCCAAUCAAUGUCACGAUAAUCUGCGGGCUCCGGUUGUUGGAUUCAAUAGUUAAUAUUUUAUUCAUUUAUUUAUUUAUUUUCGAGCGUUUUGGGCUCAUUUUUUCAACAAGAAGUAUGAAGAGAUCUUUAUUUACAGAAAAUCGAAGAUUUCUCAGUUCAUUUAAACUAAAAAGGCCGCAUGUGGAAUGACUCAAGAAGCUUCUCAAUAACCUUGAAAUAAUUAUUCAAGAUCUUACUUUUUCUUCGGCUUUUUUUUAAAUGAAUUUAUAAAUGUCUUGCAGGAGCCAUUCUCGACAAGCAAGCCAGCAAAUUCAACGAUAUCGAGGCCAGCUAUCUGCUCGAAUGGAUUCGGGUGAGAAAAAUUCUGGUAAAAUUAUGAAAAAAAUCUUGAAAUUGGGUCUUUUUUUCCCUUUUUCGAAAAUUUUUAGUUCAUUUUACUGUAGCACAGUUCCUAUUUUCCUGAAAAAUUCAUCGGAACCAUAUUAUUUGAUUCUCUAUUAGCAGGUUCAAUGGUCCUUGUAGGUUCUAAAUUUUAAAAUAUUGGGGUCACUCACAAUGACUCUAGGGUUCCUUAUAGGGAAAGCGUAGGGGAUCCUCAUAAAUCCUCUUUCAAAAUCCCUAUAGGGAUCCUUCCAAAUUUUCCCAGCUUUUCAAUGUAAAAGUGAAAAAACAUUCUCCAGCCUCUGAGGUAGUUUUAUUAAAGUUUAAAACUCUAGGAUCUGAUCAAAGAAGACGUCGACGUCGACGGAACCCGCGACAACUUCCGCGAGCAGCUGAAAGACGGCCAGAAACUCUGCAAGUGAGUUUACAAAAAGGGAUGGUUAUGUAAAAAGAGAAUGGGCAUGAAAAGAAAUUCCAUGGGUCUUGAUUUCGGCUCCUAUUGGGCUCAUUUCCACAUCUAAUAAAUGAAAAUUUGAUUUCGAACCUCAACGUUUUGGUUUCGUCCAGUUGUUCGUUCACAUUUCAAGAAAAAAGAAAUCGAUUUUGAAGCUGGAUUUUGCGGUUUCCAAAAAUUCCCUACUAUUCUCCGAAAGAAAGCUUAUUUUUGCUCCUUUUGAACUCGAAUUAAUUAGUUCCGUAUCAGAUCUCGGUCGACCGAAAAGGACUAAUGAGAAAUUGGAGGCGGCUGAAAAUAAAUCUCGGAUUUCUGAAUCAGGAAAUUUCCUGUUCGAUAGAACUUUUCAAAAAUAUUUUUAAAAAUAGGUUUUUUAAAGAAUAAUGAUAAGCUUUUUCAAGGGAAACAAUUUUGAAGAAAGGAUUGGAAUUGCCAAAAAGCAUCAAAAAAAUUUGAAAAAAAUAACCUUGAUUUUUUUGCACGGAUUUAAGAAAAACAUUUUUUUCUCAUAUAUUUUCUGAUUUUUGGGUUCAUUUUUCUUAGUUCUUUGUUCUCGAGAAUAGUCUCAAGUAUCCCAAAAGAUUCUUCAAACACCAAUCUUGCUACAAAAAACUCCUUUCGACCAACUUUUUCCAUCUUUCGGGAGGAGAAGUCACGUUUUUCCUCGAAUCCAUCCCACCAACCAACCAAGUCCCACUACAAAAGCUCCUCCUGUCAAAAAGCGAAAAAAAGCAAGACAAUAAACAAACGGAAAAGCUUAUCGAUUGGCUGUGGAGGCCAAGAUCCCGUCGUACAAAAAAAAGGAAAGAAAGAAGAAAAGGUCCUUCCAGUGUGUAAUGUCAACAGUCUCAAAGGGGAACACUUUAAAUUUUGCCAACACAAAGGUUUUUGGUGGAGGAAACAUAGAAAACGUGUCAAGGUUUAUUUCGAAGCAACCCUUCUAGAUUUAAAAGGGUUCACGUCCAAUAGCUUUGAAAAUCUGGUUAGGAAGUUUAGUUUCAAGUCAACGGAGGUGGUGCUCACAAAAAUUAAGGUUCAAAUAUGGUCUACCCAUGUCGAAAUACAGUACCGCUCAAAAGUCUAUUAAGUUUUGGUUUUUUGGGGAUAUCUCAGCGAGUACUUAUCCGAUUUAUAUAUAACUUUCAGGGAUAAUGUAAAAUAUACUUUGAAACGUAUACGGUAUACAAAGACAUGUCCGCAAUGACUGUGACGCGUUUUAGGCAUUUUUUUAUUGAAUUCCAUUUUUUUGUUUUUUUAUGCUUUUAUUUUUUUAUUUAUUUUUUUAUUAAAUUUUUUUAAAAAUUAAUAAUGUUGCCAUAUGAUUUUUUUCAUGUUUUUCAGACAUGGGAAGAACCUUUGGAAAAAAAGAAUUUGACUGAUAACGACAAAAGAGCCAUCGUUGUGGGUCGUCAAAAUGGACUGACCAUGAUGACGUUGGCAGGAAUGUUCGGCGUGACAGAGGCGGGCAUUUCUCAGUUCCUAAAGCGUCAGAAAGCUCAAGAUGGCUCUACUAACAGCCAACGCACUGGAAGACCACGUGUCACUGAUCGUAAUGACGAUAGGAACAUUUUGAAGACGUCCAGAACCAAUCCAAGACUCACCGCCCCUGCGAUCAGACAGGAAGUUUUCUUGAAUUCGCCAUCUCCGCCAUCCGUCUCGACCGUGAAACGACGUCUGAAUGCUGCUGGAAUCAUGAGAAGACGUCCAGUGAAAAAACCGCUGAUUUCUGAAAAGAAUCGAGCCGCCAGGGUGAAGUGGGUCUCAACUGGACCCGUCAAGACUGGAACAAGAUUCUGUGGUCCGACGAAAGCAAGUUCCUCCUCUUCGGGAGUGACGGAAUUCAGUGGGUUCGUAGACCAAUUGGGUCCAGAUAUCAUCCGAAAUACCAAUUACCCACCGUGAAACAUGGUGGAGGUUCUUGCAUGGUGUGGGGCGCCUUCUCUGGAAGUGGCAUCGGACCGCUUCAUCGCGUGAACGGCAUCUUGGACAAGCACGUCUACAAAGACAUUCUCCAGAACCAGAUGUUGCCGCACUUGAGAGCCAUGGGCCGUGGGAGUGUUUAUCAACAGGAUAACGAUCCCAAGCACACUUCACUGUUCGUCAAGGUGAGAAAAAUUGACAAGUAAUUCGUAUGGUUUUUGAAACUCAGGACAGGUUCAAGAGCCGUCGGGUCAAUGUCAUGGGGUGGCCAAGUCAAUCUCCGGACCUGAACCCGAUCGAACAUCUCUGGGAAGAGUUGGAGCGACGUUGUGCCAACAAAAAGAGCCAAGAAUUGCAACGAGAAGUUUGCUCAACUGCUGUCUGA